AUGAAAUUCUUCAUUACCUUGUUGGCUGUUACAGCCUUGGCGCAUGCUGAAAUUACCGAAGACGACAAGAAAGCAUGGCAAGAAUUCAAACUUCAACAUGGAAAGCUCUUUUUGUCGCCCGGCAAAGAAACGCAACGCAUGCACACGUUCUUGGACAACAAGAAAAAAAUCGAACAUCACAACGAGAAAUUCGCCAAAGGUGAAGCUUCAUACGUGGCAGCUAUCAAUAAAUAUUCCGAUUUGACACCGGAAGCCUUUUUGCAACGUUUUGGCGGAGUUGCGAUGCCUCCAGAAACGCGUCAUCACGAAAGUCACAAAAAACCUGGAAAUCAUGAAAAUCACGGAAAUCACGGAAACAAUGGAAAAGGUCAUGGUCGUCCUCCUCCAAGAGAACUCGAUUUGACAAAACGCUUCCGUAAAGACGAAUGGAAAGUACGCGAUCAACUAACAUGCGGAUCAUGCUGGACCUUUCUCGACAGCAGCUGCCGUUGA